AUGGAAGAAAUGAUCACUAUGACCUAUGUAGAGUACACGGAGCACGUUCUGAAACUACUGUACAUGCAUUCCUUACACCGCCACGACUAUAAAAAUAAAUCACAUAUCAUCACUUCAUACAUCUGGGCCCGCCAGGCCUGCACGGCCCGCGAGGCCCACACUAUACCCUCCACCUUUCAAUUCACUUAUCCUACUCAGCCAACAAGGCCCAUAAGGCUCACUACAUCCACUUGUCUCACGAGACCCAAAGGACCCACGAGACCUAGAAGGCCCACGAGGCCCAAUAGAGCCAUCAGUCCCACUCCACCAAACGUAACAUCAAACAAGGACACCGCUAAACAUAACAAGGGUAACUUUAAAACGAAUGUACCUUUAGUACGAGGACAAGCACUACACCCGCCGCGUCAGCGACCUCUACACGUCAAACUAUCAGUGUGUCGGUAA